CAUACUUAAGACGAAAAGGGACAAUUGUUAAAGUCAGAGGAUGUAUUACACGGCUUUUCCACAGGUGCUAAUCGUAAGCUCUUCGUGUAAAUGUCUGGAUUUUGGUCUUCGCGAGAGCGGAGUCGGUCACUAGCAAUAGAUCAAUCGUAUUGUUCGUAUAGAUUGGUUAGAAUAAUAGUACCAUUUGAAGAAACUUAUUAUAUGUCAACAAAUCCGUAUCAUUCAAUCAUGUUUGUCAAGGGGGCCUAUAUAACGCUGUUGAUUGGCUUAGAUCGAGCUGGCGGCAUCCUAAAAGAAGUCCUUCACCGCAAACUUGACUGAAUCUAUAGUUUCUGUGCAUCUUUAGUGGCGCAGUUAUUCUGGAAUUUACCUUAAGUGAACGAAGCAAGCGCUGAGAGUAAAUGUCUUUCUGAUCUGUGAAUGACUCGUGAAUUUAAGAAUCUAUCGGCCAAUUCCACUGCAGCGACACUCAUAAUGUUGGCUUCAAACUGUAGUCCAAUUGGUAAACAAAGUCCACCGCUCUUGAGCGACAUUGGCAAGGGAUUCUAUCCUUGGAAACCAAGAUCUCCAUAUGAAAACGUCUCGCUUGCGAGAAGUCGUCUGUCUGAGGCUAACCUCCGAGGAAUGAGUUCAGCUUUCGCUUCCACUCCUGAUGCAACUCAAGGCGAUCGACAGAACGCUGAACUUCUUUAUUCAGGCUGUAAUCUUUCUAGUAGUCGUAGCUCGGCUUCAGAUCACGUAGCAGCAGCGGUAAGCCGCAUCCAUCCUGCUGUGGAACCCGUAUACACGCGAAUGACUCACUCAUACCACAGCAAUCCUUGGUAUAAACAGUCCUUAGAGCACCAAACACAUCAUCAACAACCCAGACAAGGGUUCUGGGAAGUUCAUGGCAAUCCAGCCUGGCUUGACGCUUCAAAUUCACCAGCCUCGUUUCAUUCAACUUUAAACCAUUUUCCUAGCCUAGCGCACGAGCUUACAUCUGGGACUGUUCMUCAUCCAAUUUCAGCGAUGCCAUCAGUGACAGUAGCCAACCAUCCUCAUUUCUUCCCAUCGCCAUCGUAUUUAACCGGAGAACCUUUAAAGUCUGCUAUCCCUACGUAUAUAGAACCAGCUUACUUCCCUGCUGCUGCUGCUUAUUUGCAGUCAGCUCAGAACCUCGUCCCUCGAACUACUCGCCGUUACACUGGUAGAGCUACUUGCGACUGUCCGAAUUGUCAAGAAAACGAACGACUAAGCGCAACGGGGGCGCCGUUUCGGAAGAAAUCUCAGCAUGUCUGCCAUAUACCUGGAUGUGGUAAAGUCUAUGGUAAAACAUCGCAUCUCAAAGCACAUCUAAGAUGGCAUACAGGGGAACGACCCUUUGUUUGCAACUGGCUAUUCUGUGGGAAGAGAUUUACUCGCUCAGAUGAGCUUCAAAGACAUCUUCGUACUCAUACAGGAGAAAAAAGGUUUGCUUGUCCUACUUGUAAUAAAAGGUUUAUGCGCAGUGACCAUCUAUCGAAGCACGUAAAAACUCAUAAUACUACCAAUACUAGCAAAAAAGGGGACAAUGAAAAGACCGAGGAUGACAAAGAACAUAGCGAGGAAUCAGGCAGUGUAACAGAAGAAAUGAUUGGAGUGGUUUAAUAAUCAAGUCCCGAGAAAUAACUUCAAAAAUGUCGUUCAGUAUAUUCCAAGUCUACAUGAACACCACUUCAGAAAACUUGGAAUACAGAAUUCUAAUUCCAGCGAUAAAGGUUGAAAGCCCUUUUACAUCAGUCGAACUGUGCUAAGGCAUAAGAAAUCUGAUUUAAAUGCAGUGUAUUCAUUUAAAAAGAGACAUUUUCCCAAGACAUAUUAUGAUUCAUUUUCUCAAACAAUGAGGUUCUUAAAAAUUAUUGAAAAUCAAUGAACAUAAUUUCAAUGUUUUUGGGUGUACAUAAGUGGUAGAAAGCAAAGCUUUUCUUUGUCAAAAUUUAAAUUUCAAAUACAAGUUUUCUGUGAAAGAUUCAUAUUUAUUACAAUAUUAUAAACAAUUAUUUAAUAUAGAGAGAGAUCACAGACCUAUACAGACAGAACUUGAAAGAUGAAUAGAAAAUCUUUCCAAUCUUUGGAGUUGUACUGACUAGGCAAAAAAAAAAAAAAAAAUGUACAAAAAACAACAGAAACCAUGAUAUUGGCUGCUCAACGAAUAAAAUAUUAAGAAUUAAAGUGCUUUAAAAUCAAAGUAGCAGCUUAUCUAUAGCGUUAGAAGUUAAGUUCUGUCCUUUUUUGAGUAAGAAGAAUGACACCAACUGAGUUAUACAGAGAUUACAAGCUUCUCUCAGCAUGAUACGGUUUGCAUGAGCUCCACACAAAUAAGUUUAUCUUUCUUCAAAGACCUAAUUUUAUCCUCAUCCUUCUUAUAUUGAGCCCUUUAUCCUUAAGGGCUUCCUAAUUUUAUGAUUUUGUAAUUCGAGGAUGCCAAAGUGAAUACCUUUACGUUUGUGAGAAAGCCUUUCUUGUUUUGAUAGACGAAGUUCUGCCUAAAAAGAACCUACGUUUUUACAACAAAAGCUGCACGCAAAUAUAACUUUGUAUAUUUAGCUUCAUAGCUUUGAUCCAUUUAUUGCCAUUUUUGCUGUAUUUGGCGGUAGUGAUAUUUGAAGGACUUGGAAUACUAUUCAAUAAAGAUCCAUUGUUUAGAUCAAAUAUGAGAACAUGAAAAAAUGUUCAAAAUGCUUAGGAGAUGGCAAGUAUGAAAUUCAAAGAUCAUUUCUAUAAUGAACGUUACUUUUCAUUUGCUAAAGGGAUUGCCAACAUGUUAGUGUGAAGUAAUAUAAAACAAAUAUUUACUAAAAGAUUUCUUAGUGGGGAAAUUUACUUUUUGAUUAACAAACCAGAAACGAACUAUCUUUUUCUUAAGUGAGUGAAAAUGCUAGACUUGGAAGCCGGGAUUGGAUACAAUUUCUCAGUGUAGUAGCUAGUUAGGAUUCACUUCCAAGUUGAGCAUUGUCGGCUCUGCCAAACAGCCUUUGAUAGGACUUGUUUGAAAGCAAUUUUGAUAAAGAAAUACUGUAUUGCCUUAAGUCUUAGUCGGUAAAAUGGUCGGACACAAAUAUUUUAUCUCGGGUUAUUUUCCCAUAGACAAAUUCUCUGUGAGGUUACCGACAAAAUGUCAUGCAAAUAACUAGGAAUAAUGUCAAUGGAGUUGUCUUGUGGUGCCCACUUCAUCCAACCAUUAAACUUCCUAAACACA